AUGUAAUCCACUUAAUAAUAAAUCGUUUAUGGAAUAACUGCUAUUUCUUGUGCCUAUUUGUUAUAUUCUAUCACAAAAUAAAAGACUUCAAAAAAUAAAAAGAAUAAAAAUUAAAAACAAAAACAUACUCCUAAAUAUGCUUUUGGAACAAAAAAUUGGUUUAUUUCUUAUUUUAAUCGAAGUGCAUCUACUAUUGAUAAUAAGAAUUUAAAUCUUAAGACUAGAUUAUAAAGGAUUGAGUUAGAGAAUAAAUAAUCAAAAUAAAACAAUAAAAAUUUCAAAUAAGAAUCCUCCAAAGAUGUGCAAAUACCUUAAGAUUUAUAACCUAAUAAUGAUAAUUAAAAUUUGAAUUAAAUAACUGAAGAUGAAGAUUAAUUAUUUUUUAAACUGGGUCUUCGACUAUUAAAUAGUGUAAAAGGUUGA